UAACAUGGAAACUGUAAGAUGUUUAAUCUUAAACAAAACAGAAAAUGAAUUGAUAUCAUGCUCUGAUGAUUCAACAAUCAAUUUUUAUUCCUUAUAAUUUUAAAAGAGCGAUUUGUUAUUUAAAUACUCUUUAAAAAAACAUGAAUAAAAAGUUACUUCAAUUUGUUUGAAUCAAUCUGAAACUACUUUAAUAUCUUGUAGUGAAGAUGGUUAAAUAAUUGUUUGGAAAAAAAAUGAAUAUGAUGAUUGGGAAUUCAAAAACUUUGUUAAUCAUUCUUUUACAUAGUAAGGGGGUAAAAUAGUUUUCAUUUAAGAUAAUUAGUUUAUUUGGACUUAACAUAAAGAAAAAAUAUUUCUUGUAUUUGAAGAAAAAGAUUAAAUUUUUAAAUAAAAAUCUAACAAAUCAAUAAUAUAUGAGAAUAAGUAAAAAGUUAAAUUUCCAUUUAUCUAUAACUCAUAAUUUAACUUAAUUAUUUGUAGUUAUGAUAAAACCAUAGAAGUGGUGAAAUAAUAAUCGGAUGGAACAUUCGUGAUAUUGUCAAGUUUUUAAAAUUAAAUAAAUGGCAAGUAGAAAGGAGUAGUUACAAACGACUCUAAAUACUUGCUCAUUUGGAAUUCACAACUGUCCAAUUUUAACAUAUUUAAAUUAUAUUCUUGA